CCGAAAAUGAGUGGAAUGAAAAUAAAAGAUUCGAUAUUUGAGGAAGAAAAAGAAGAAUUUCCUUGGGACGAAAAUGCCUUAAAAUCUUUUAAAAAUCUUCUCAAAGACCAACGCAUUACGUGUCUCAUGGAUGACAUUUUCCUGCUCGGAUUUCUACGUGCUACAGAAUAUGAUUUGCCAAGUUCUCUCCAGUUGCUUAAGAAUUAUUAUAACACACGAGUAAAUUAUCCGCAAUACAUUAAAAAUCUUCUUCCUUCGAAAAUGGAAGAAGUUUUAAACAUGAAUAUUUUGCAAUUUUUGCCAAAACCCGAUCAGAACGGAAGUUAUAUUUACUUUUUCCGAUUUGGCAAUUGGGAUACGUCUGUUGCAAAUGGAAUUGAUGUAGUACGUGUUAUACUGCUUAUCCUGGAUCUUCAAUUAAAUUUACAUCGAACUCAAGAAAAGAAAAUCACUUGUAUCGUAGACGGCGAGGGAUUAUCUUUGUCACAUUUCUAUAAUUACACGCCAAGAAUCAUGAAUACUUUCGCCGCAAUUGCUCUUGUAAAUAGCGUUUUCUAUUGUUAAAAUUAUAUACAUUUA